UGACGCUUAGGACAGGUGUGUCGUAUAAACCCCGACCAGGAGCACAGUGUGCCACCCUUUGCCUGUAUGCGUUUCACAGGGUUUUCCUCCAGCCUUAAAGUAUGCCACGCUCUCUCAUUCACUCACACACUCAAGCCCAGAACCCCGCAGUUUCGGUUUCAAAAAAAGCCAAUAGGGGUCCUGGAGGCUUACCUGCUCGGCGUAGGUCUCCUGCUCUCUGUCUGUGGUUCCUGGACUCCCUGGGGACGAGCCCCCAUAUGUUAGGGUCCGUUUAGGGGCCAAGGAACAGAACAGACGCUGCAAUCGGCACAGAGAGGUGGUUUAUUGUAACCCACUUCACAGGCGCAGGGAGGAGCCCAAAGGGAGUUCCUCCUCGAAGCAAUUUUAAGGCAGGCUUAUAUACCCUUGGGGCUGACCAGGGGUCAAUAUGGUUAUGGCACAGGGUGGAGGGGUCAAGGUGGUUACCACACGGGGUGGGGAGGUCAAGGUGUUCAUCACGUAGGGUUCGUUGCUUUAGAGGGGGCGCUUAUCUACACCAGGUACGUUGGCCUAGUUCCCUUUCACCUGUAGUAGAUGACAGGAGAAGGUCGGUCAGUCCUUAACUACAGUUGCAAGACAAGUCUGUGGCUAUCAUUGGAGGAGCCACAUCAGCUCUGUCUGUCAGAUAGGGACCCUGUUGGAGCUCUACAACUCCCCACAGGUGGGUGAUAAUGAUUCUGAUGCCUUCUAAAUGUUUAUAAGGCCACCCCAUCUUAGGAGAGGGUGCAUGGACCUUCCACUGAGCAGCAUCCAAAUUGUGCACAGAGAAUAGAAUUCAUCAUCUAGCUGUAUGAAAGACUGAGGUAAAAAAGGACUAAGGGUUGAGAGAGUACCUACUAUGUGCCAGGCAUGCUGACAAGCAUUCUUAAAAAUAUUUCAUUUCAUUAUCAAAGCAACCUUGUAAAGUAGGUAUUAACAUUCCCAAAGGAAGCACACAGAAAUUAAGUGAGAUGCCCAUAACAGAAACAAUUAGUGUCAAAGAUCAGGUUUGAAGUCCGAUUAUCGUGAUUCUAGAUUUCAGGCUCUCUCCACAGCACCCACCCUGGGGUGGGGGUGGGGGCAGGAGAGACCCAUAGAGGACAUCCAGUAGGGAGGGGAAUGGGCUCCUUGUUCACGAAGGAGAGGAAGAAGAACCAGUCCUGCAGGUGGCAGGAGAACUGCAAAUGAUGAAAGCUGAGAGAAGGCCGGACAUCUGGGAGAGGAACAAGGAUGACACCAGUGUGAAGAGCUUCCGGGAAGGCAGGGCGGAGGAGCAUUUGGAACAGCCCAUUUCAUUCCCGCGCAGUUUGGUCCCAGGACUCUGGAGGGAGGCAUUUCCGGGAAGGACUUCGGGCGCCCUGUGGGAGAGGGCUCAGAGGAAGGCCGUGAACAAGGUGGAAAUGAGCUUCGCAGGACGGCAAGCUCUGCCCAAUGGCUCGCUUUCCCGAGCGGAAGGAGGCCCGGAGUGGCGGCAGGGAAUACAAACAAGUUUAGACGGUUUCCCAGAGGGCGGGAAGAACGUUUAAGAAGGAGAGUGUGAGAGGAGCGCCCCGGAGGCGCCCUGGCUGCGAGGAGCCGCUGAGGCCGGGAAGAGGAGAGCUGCGGGACAAAAGCUCCCGGGGCGGGGCGAGAGGAGAGCCACCCGGCCCGACGGCUGGUCUCUAGGGAGCCGCUGCAGAGCAGUGAGCGAGCGGAAGUGGCCCAGGAAGUUGGGGGGCAUCCAGGCAGCAUCAGAGAACUGGGCCUGCACUGGGCCACCGACAGGCCGCCGUCGGGAGACAUCGGAGCGCUCUGCCUUCCGGGGGACAAGAGAAAGCGCGGCAGCGUGGGUGGAGGUGGCGGAAGGGCAGCUGCCGGCAGCCCCGGAUGAAUCUAUUCCUGGACGGACACUCAGAAGGGAGCUCAAGGGCUGAUGGGGAAGAAGAGAAGGGACCCAGUCCGGGAAGACAGACUCGGGACGCCGGGAGCCCGGAGCGCCCUACAGUGAGCGGGCGAGCACAGGCUCCAGUGGCCCGUGGACCAACGGGGAGCGGCGGGAGCGGGAGGAUGCGGAGGAACGAAGGAGAGAAUCCGGGGCAUGAAGUGAGCUCUGCUGGGGGGAGGGGAAAGGAGGAAGGACCAGCCUGAAACAGGCGGCGCAGAGGCCUCCGGGAAACCGGAAGUGAAGAUCGUACCCUAUCUCCUGUCCACCUACGCUUCCAAAGCUUUUCCCGCCGCGGCUCCGACCUCGGCUGUGUUACUCCCUCCGCCCCGCGACUCCAGCCUCGAGACGAAGCCUGGAAAAGAUGGAGGAGCUUCACCAGAGGGACUCAUUGGGGUUACUUUGCUGCCUCUACAGGGAGCCUGGAGUCCCAGGGAAAACCUUGGAGAGGGACAGACUCCCAGCCCAGGAAGUGGUGACCUUCAAGGAUGUGUCUGUGGACUUCACGCUGGAGGAGUGGCGCCUCUUGUCUCCUCCCCAGAAGGAGCUGUACAAGGAGGUGAUGCUGGAGAAUGCCUGGAACCUGCUCUCUGUGGGGCUUCUAGUUCCCCCAGAAGAAGUGAUCUCUUCUUUGGAGCAGAGGGACGCCUCAUGGAUGCUGGAGCAAGAAGGCCUGAGGAGCUGGUGCCCAGAAGGAGAGAUUAGACCUGAAAUGAAGGUGAAUUCAUCAGAGGUGAGCUGUCUGGUGGAAGAAAUGGAACUACAAAGAUUCAUGCACAGUGGUCCUGAUAGCUUUGCUUCUAGGCAAUUCUCUGUUGGACAUCAAAAUUCAUCUCAUAUUGAACAUCAAAGAAUGCACCCUGAGGAAAAAUCUAGUGAAAAUAAUCAGUGUGGGAAGACUUUUAUGCACAGGGUCAGUCAUGCUGGACAUGAGAGAAUCCACACUAGUGAGGGACAUUAUGAAUACAAGCAAUGUGGAAAGACAUUCAGUCAGAGCUCCCAUCUUGCUAAACAUCAUAGAAUCCACACUGGGGAGAAACCUUAUGAAUGUAACCACUGUGGAAAGACAUUCAGUAGGAGGUCCAUUCUUACUGAACAUAAGAGAAUCCACACUGGGGAGAAACCUUAUGAAUGCAAACAGUGUGGAAAGACAUUCAGUCAGAGGUCCCAGCUUGCUGUACAUCAGAGAAUCCACACUGGGGAGCAACCUUAUGAAUGCAAGCAAUGUGGAAAGACAUUCAGUCAGAGGUCAAAACUUGCUGUACAUCAUAGAAUCCACACUGGGGAGGAACCUUAUGAAUGCAACCAAUGUAGAAAGAGGUUCAAUAAGAGGUCCAAUCUUGCUAGACAUCAUAAAAUCCACACUGGGGAGAAAUCUUAUGAAUGCAACCUAUGUGGAAAGGCAUUCAGUAUGAGCUCCUAUUUUGCUAUACAUCAGAGAAUUCACACUGGGGAGAAACCUUAUGAAUGUAAGCAGUGUGGGAAGGCAUUCAUUAUGAGCUCCUAUCUUUCUGUACAUCAGCGAAUCCACACUGGGGAGAAACCUUAUGAAUGCAAGCAGUGUGGAAAAACAUUCAGUCGGAAUGCCAAUCUUGCUGUACAUCAGAAAAUCCACACUGGGGAGAAACCUUAUGAAUGUAAACAAUGUGGAAAGGUAUUUAGUAUGAGCUGCUAUCUUGCUGUACAUCAGAGAAUCCAUACUGGGGAGAAACCUUAUGAAUGUAAACAUUGUGGAAAGGCAUUCAGGGUUAGCUCCAGUCUUGUUACACAUCAGAGAAUCCACACUGGGGAGAAACCUUAUGAAUGCAAGCAGUGUGGAAAAACAUUCAGUCGGAGUACCAAUCUUGCUGUACAUCAGAGAAUCCACACUGGGGAGAAACCUUAUGAAUGUACGCAGUGUGGAAAAACAUUCAGUUGCAGCUCCAGUCUUGCUACACAUCAGAGAAUCCACACUGGGGAGAAACCUUAUGAAUGUAAGCAGUGUGGAAAGGCAUUCAGUUGCAGCUCCAGUCUUGCUACACAUCAGAGAAUCCACACUGGGGUGAAACCUUAUGAAUGUAAACAAUGCGGAAAAACAUUCAGUUGCAGCUCCAGUCUUGCUAUACAUCAGAGAGUCCACACUGGGGAGAAACCUUAUGAAUGUAAGCAGUGUGGAAAGGCAUUCAGUUGCAGCUCCAGUCUUGCUACACAUCAGAGAAUCCACACUGGGGAGAAACCUUAUGAAUGUAAGCAGUGUGGAAAAACAUUCAGUUGCAUCUCCAGUCUUGCUGCACAUCAGAGAAUCCACAAUGGGGAGAAAUAUUAUGAAUGCAAACUCUGUGAAAAGACAUUCAGUCAGAGGUCCCUUCUUGCUGCACAUCAGAGAAAACACUAGGGAGGGACUUCAUGAAUAUAAGCAAUAUGGAAAGACAUUCAAUGAGAGCUCCAAACUUGCUUGACAGCAGAGAAUCUACCCUGGGGAUAAACCGUAUGAGUGCAAACAAUGUGGAAAGAUGUUCAUUCAGAAAGAUGAAUGCUGGACAUCUUAAAAUACACACACAGGAGAGAAAAAUUAUGAAUGGGAUGUGGAAAGACAUUCAGUGAGAACUGCAAACUUGCUAGAAAUCAGAUAGUCCACACUGUGGAGAAGCCUUAUGAAUGCUAGCAGUGUGGAAAGACAUUCAGUUGGAGCUCCAGUCUUGCCAUAUCAACCACACUGGGGAGAAACCUUAAGAAUAAAAGCUAUGUUGGAAGAUGAUUAUAUUCGGCUCUAGCCUUACCAUAUUGUUGAGGAAAUUUUCCCUCCCCCUUUUUGGGGCAGCAUUGUGUAAUUAGAAAUCUGUUACCCUAAAAAGUGAAUCUCAACAUCCCACUCAUUGUGUCCUUGCAUGCUGACACACACACAGGCUAUAAAUUUAUUGGAGCCCUUCCUCUUUUCCUGUAUGCAUAGCUGAGAACAUGGGGAUUUUGGAGCAGCUAGAAAAACUUAGUCAUGUGAUUUCAUUUUGUUUGAAAAUAAGCCAUAAAACUAUAAUUGAAUUGAGAGCCAGUCCUAGAGACAGGAGGUCCUAGGUUCAAAUCUGGCCUCAGACACUUCCCAGUUGUGUGACCCUGGGCAAGUCACUUGACCCCCAUUGCCUAGCCCUUACCACUCUUCUUCCUUGGAACCAAUACAGAGUAUUGAUUCUAAGAUGGAAGGUAAGGGUUUAAAAAAAAAGUUUACAUAUUUUCAAAUAACCAGCAAACAUAUGUAUCAGGAUACAGGCAAUGAAUUUAAGAGGUUUUUUUUCUCAAAUUCCAGUAACUAGGUGAACCUCAUUUACUAUUUAGAAAGGAAUGAACUGACAGUAAUGGAAUCUGAAGAAGUAUAAAUUCAACUUCAGACUCUAGCUUCCUUCCCCUCCCUAGUGUCAUCAUCCACCUACAUUCCAUAGUCACUCUGGGAUCUCCCAUAAUGAGGUAGAAUUCUGUAGUGAGUUUAAUGUGGAUGAAUCUUAUUUUGUAGGUGUUGUAGAGACUGGGCAGGUCAAAAUAGCAAGGAGGUCUAAGGAGAUGAAUUUCUACCCUGAAUUUCAGGAUUACUCUAGCUAAUUGAAAGAACCAGUGCACCCAGGAACAGUUACUAUUCUGGACAGGAAAUGCCCUGCUCUUCCAUAUAGUGGGCCAUGCUUACAAAUCUACUUACUUUGUACUUUGGAGGGGUAACCUUCCUUGCCCUCCCGUCUAGGGUAAAAUGUCAGAGGCCAGGUGUUUCCAGGGACCAGCUUUCAGGCCAUGUGGCUGGGGGCAAAGAAUAAGGGUUAAGUGGCUAGCAAGCUUGAGAACCACGUGUGGGCUUGGAAAAAGGAAAGAGCAGACUGCAAAGAGCAAAAUAGGGCUAAAAGUUAUUAAUUUUACCUCAGUAAUCAGCACCCUCUACUAACAAAUGACCGAGAUGAGUUUUCUGGAAUUAUAAGCUGGAGAUAGAAUCUUGUUGGAGAAUUUGGGUUGCUUAUCCCAUGUGAAAGAAGCCAGGAGGGUUAGAGGCUAAUCCUUCCUAACACACACACACACACACACAUACACACACCUGACUUACAAGGUCACACUGAAAAAUGGCUACCAAGCUACUGGCAAUAUAAAGGAAAGGAUUUGUAGUUUCCAAACCUCAAGAGAGCAGCUCCAGGGACUCCUAGCUUGUCAGCAGAAGCAACAGCAAUAUUAGCAGUAAGAGCAGCAGUAGGAGUACCCACACAGUAAGAGAGGGAAGUAGGAUAUGCAGGAGCAGGCAGCAGAAGCAAGAAACAGAAAACUGAAGCUUCCUGAGGGGUUGGGGGGGUGGCUCAAGGCCAUGGCCGGGAAACCUGGUUUCAAACUAAUCUACUCAGAAUUAAAGGUUCUGAACCCUACUUCUGUGGUCACCAUAAAUGUAAGAUUUAGAUUAAUAUCUAAUGCCUGAAUUAUACUUUUAUAAAAAGUUAGUUACCAACAAAAUAGAACCUUGUGACUUAUUUGUUCUACCUGCUUAAAAGUCCCCUUGUUCACAGCUGUCCUCACAGGAAGAGAAGAUAGUGAGAGGCAGGGCUACACCACAUUUAUAUCCUAUAUAUAUCAGCAGGUAACAACAGGAAGAGAGUGGUGUGCUGAGAAUUAUAGUUCUGGGGGUAACAGAUUCCAAAUUAUGCAGCCCACCUGGUAUAAACGUAAACUUGACUCAGAGGCAUGGAUUGCAUGAUGAAAAACAUUGAGUGAGGAUAGAAUGGCAGUAGGAAAAAGGCAGCAAACAAGUGGAGAGAUCAUAAGACACAAACAGUGUGCUGCCCCCUGAGCUACCCCUCCGAGUGGCACAGGAAAAUUGAAAGACUAUGGUUGGCUCCUGAGAUGAGAUGUGUGAGUUAGUGGGUGGAGAAAACGUUUGAUAAACUGAGGCAAGAGCAGAUAUCCAAACGUUUCUCUUUCAGUUUUAUUGCUUGUUUGACUUCCCUGUGAGCAUGGCUAGGGUACACUAGGGCUAGGGUGGCCACAGAAUAGCAAGGUAAAUGGAACAGCGAGGAAUGUCUCUCCAAUCUUUACAUUUCCCACACACACACACUACUUUAAAUUAAAUAUAAUUUAGGACCAGUCUCAUAAUUUUCCCUCUUAUACAUUCACACUGAGCUCUCACCUUAUUCAAAAUCAGAAAAUUCACUCUACAACAUCAUACAUUUCCCUCAGAGUAGGUCCAAAUGGGUAUAUGAUUUAGACCAAAAGAGUGAUCCCAUAAUAAAAUUAAGGGAUCAUAGAAUAGUUUACCUUUCAGAUCAGUUCAUUGAUAUUGGUAAUAUUUUAUGACCAAAUAAGACAGAUAACGUUACAAAGUGUAAAAUAUGUAAUUUUUUAUAUUAAAUUUGAAACUGUAAAAACAAAACUAGUGCAACCAAGAUUAGAAUUUGAAACAAGAAGUUGUCAUUUGAUGUACAACAGUAUGUCCAAUUAAAUACUUAAAAUUUUCAAAAUUCUAA